AUGUUGCAGUAAAUUGCAUGUUUGACAAUAGUGACUUUUUAUCUGCGUUCUUACUAUGAAAAUUAACAAGACGACCAAUGAUACUGAAUUAUCUGAUGGAAAGUUUGAGAGAUUCCUCCUUAAGUUACACUAAAAAUGUCGGUGUUGGAAUCAGUGCUUUCUUGUGAACGCUGUAGGAAGUAAUGCUCAGCAAAUACAGCGUUAAUAGACUGAAAUUGUGGUGAAUCAGUAUUGUCAGAGGAUCGAUUACACUGUGCGUAAUGUAAAAGCCAGAUCGCUGCUGAUAAAUUUUCGAAAGGGCUCCCUUUUACCUUCUGUGGGAGGCUGGGGUGCGCCUUCCGCUCAGAAGGCGAGCUGUGGCGAUCUAACGAACCCAAAGGGAGGAAGUUCGGGGCCCGGUGCUGCCCUUGCCCAGCGCCCCGCCGGGCCGGGAGGGGCUCCGGCCGCCCCCGCCUCCCCGGCCCCGUGCAUGCCGGGAGCCGCGGGGCGGGACGGGCCCAGCCCCGGCCGCGGGGCUGCGGGAACGGCAGGGCCGGGGCUGCCCUGGGGAAUCCCGGCGGCGCCGGCGGCUGGAGCCGGGCGGGGAUCCCCCGGCCGCGGGAUCGCCGGGCGAGCCGGAGCGGCGGGGUGCGGAGCAGGAAAAUGUUUUCAUAAGAUGGAGUUAGAGCACCUGAAGAGGCUGCGUCAGGCCAACCAGGACCUUCUACAAAGGCUCAGAAUGAAGCAGGAAGAGAUCAGAAAAAGACUUCCCAGCAAGGCACACUCUCCAGCAUCUCUUCGUAACAGAACAGCUACUGAAAGAUCUGUCCCCUUGCCCAACAGAGGGAAGGAAAACCAGUUGGAUGCUGUGAAGUCUACAGCUGACCCUGCAAUGUUGGUGUCUGUGGAACCUGGAGCUUACGCAGCCAGAGCAGCCCUUUGUUCAUCUCUUAUACACAGCAGCGAUGACAGAGGGGUUCAGCAGCAACAAGGGAAGAUGCAGGAAGCAGUAGGUUUGGAUUCCAGCUUUCCUGGAAAAGAGAAAAAUGUUACACCAGUGUCUGCAAUCAUUACAUGUGGCAGAGAAACCUCUGGAGUGGAUAGGGAUGGCCAUGCUCGAGGAAGUCUGGCGAACUUCCUUCUGGGACACGGAGAGAACAGACAACAGUCUGCUCUGCCACAUGGUUUCCAUGAGAAAAAACAGCUUAAGGAUGAUCUGGACCCAUCACUGAGCAGCAUACAAAGUGAGGAGACCAGCACGCAGCCUGUGGUCAUUAGAGAGCCCGUAAUCCGUAAAUCAAUCUUGCUGACAUCUCAGUCCAAAGGGUUGAAGAAGGAAGCUGGUCGUGUGACUUUUCAGUCUGACCCUGAAGAAUAUGCCAUACCUGUGAGCAGCUGGUCCGUGCGUCCUUUCCUGGGCUAUGACUGGAUUGCAGGGCUCCUAGAUACAAACUCUUCAGUAGCGGAAAAAUCUGAUCAAUACUUUGCUGAGCUGCAUGAGUUCCGACAGGCCAACAAAGAAGCAUGUAUUCAUGAGCAGCACCUGGAGCCUGAGGCUCUGGAUUGCAUAGCUCCUGAACAAGAACCAGAUUUGAUCACCAGUUCCCAUAAGUGUGUUUAUUGUUAUCGAUUAAACCAGCGCCUCUUCACUGUCCCUGUGGACUCAGAAUCUGCCUGCCCUGUGUGUAAGAUCCCACGUACUCAUCAGCCCCCAGAGGUACUGGGAGAGCCAGUCUAUGUCAGGGUCAGCAUUCCCAGAUCUACCCUAAUGCCUACCUACAAAUACAAAGCCCAUCGCAGGAAGAGCUUUGAACCGGCAGACAAUCUAGCAUUACUUUCGCAUUGCCUGGCUGGCUGGGAAAACAUCAUCCCUUCCAGCAACCCCACACUCAGCGGUUUGGACUUGCGAGCUUCACUGGAAAAGAAGCCACCUCACCAUCCUCGCCUGAACUCGGUGUCCAGAGUGUCAGGAGGAACCAGAACUGACCAACUUCUGAACCUGACCCACUUGACACACUUCAGAUUUAGCAGUGCUUCUCAGCAGAGGGAGCAAAACAAACCCGGACACCACAGAGCAGCUCCAAAUUUAAAUCUGACUGCUUCAACUCUGUGAACCACUGACUUGAUUGCCCUGCAAAAGGGUUUGGGGCAAAGGUGUGGGAACAACUCUAUUUGGAUAAAAAUAAAUCUUUGAACAGAUUUGUCCUAGCUUUCAUAGUUGUGCACAUAUGUGAGCAACCAAUAUGCAUAGCUGAAUGUACAAACUCUCAUAUAUGGUUUUUCACUUUUCUUUUUUGCCUUUUGCAGCUACUUCUAAGCAGAUGCAUAAGCUUUUCCACCUAGGGCUGUAUAAAGUGAUGUGUACAGGAUGACUAACUAGUACUGUUACCACUAGGACAUCUGUAGCAACGGGGUUCAUCUGCCACCUCAACUGGGUAAACAAGAAGUGUAACGUUAACUCUGAAUGCCAGGGUGAAUGGAAUUGGUCACAUUAUUUCCAUUAUUGAAAAUACUAGUUUUAAAAGAAGUAAAUUCAGUGAAUAUAGAACAGUAGCUGCCAAAUGUUAUCCUAAAUAGGGCAAAUUCAAGAUUUUUACUACUUUGCCUUCAAACCCAAAACGUUAGAAGUCAUAAACCUCUUCUUAAUUUAUCCUGAAAUAAAUUAGAGCAAUUCUGCUCCACUUUAUAAAUAGGGAAAAUGAAGUAGAAGAUUAAGUAAUUUAUGUGAGAUCUAUCUGGUGAAUGCAGGAUGGAACAAAUGUUGAACUCAGAAUGUCUCUUGAUAGCUAGGAACGCGUUCUAUCUUUUUACACUUGUGAAAGUAUUGAAAGUGUGAUUAUGACUUUCUUCCUCCACUAGAAACAGGUGAAAGAAGUCAGUGACACUGCACCUGCUUACCCAAGUUAACCUCAGUUUGUCUCUUUAUAUGUUGGUUCUGGCCUAUUUGAUCCUGCCUUCAUUUGCAAGCUGAAAUAGACUGAAAAUGCUACCCAUUUAUGGAACCUCUAUUUUUUUUUUCUUUUUCUUCCUUUUUUUUUUUUUUUUGCUUCAUUUCCUUCCAUAUCUCUCCUUUGAAAGGCGAAGCCUCACAAUGCCAGAUCUUGUCCACAGUAGCAAAUCUUUAGAAAAGGUUCUUUUCCCCAUGCGCACACUUCAGGAUAGCUUUAACUCUCCCUUCGUACCCUUCCUCUUGUGUUCUCAUAUCCCCUUUCAGGUGGAACUUCUCACAAAUGCUCAGUCUCAAAAUAUUCUUUUUUUAAUUAUCUGAGCCAUCCCACAUGCCCUUUUUGCUAAUAAAAUAAUUUAACUUCCACAUUAGGAGGACUGAUUUCAAUUUCUGUGUUAAAAUACUGGCACCUUAGUUCACUUUCUUGUCUGAACUGGUACAGGGAAUUGUUUCCUUUGCUUUUUGUUUAUUCUUUCAGAGCAGAAAAUCUGAUUUGCCUAUUAACUUAGGUUAUGACCUGAUGGUUCUAUGUUGAUUUUAUAAUUGUGUCUCCAGAUCAGUACAGAGUAAGUUUAUAUCAUGAUCCUUUUUGCAUAGGGAAUCUAACCGGUGUACUCAGGUUUUCCAGCAGAGCUUAAACACUGUACGUUUUGAAAUUUUUACUCUGAGUAGUGCCCAGGUCAGUUUGUAGUUGAUAGUAUACAGGAACAGAUUUUUCUGCUGGCUGACUUGGUCGUCUUCUUCCAUUCAUAAUUGAAAUUAUCAAAGAUCGUGCAAUUGGAUUUUGGUUAAUAUUGUUGAUGCAUGAUCCAGAAUUUAAUCUAGAACCCUUUGUGUCAAGCUGCACUGUUUCUCUGGAAGAGAGGUGGGGGUCUGAAAGUGAGUAAACCUGUAUUUUUUAAACUAGGACACCUGGCCAUGGAUGUGCAUGGAAACCUCAUCUUCUAGUAAGAAGGUGAUUCACAUAUAGUCAAGCUUCUGAUCAUAAUCUCACUUCAAGGUUGAGUUACCAAAAAGAUGCUUGCUCUAAUUUCAUGUGACCUGCAGCUGAGGUAAACGUGUGUACCCCUUUCAUCUGGUUUCUCACAAUCGCUCUGCGGUGGUCAGUCUGGUUAUGUGCUGAGCAAUCUGGCUGCUGAUUGUAUUCAAGAUGUCAAAGUUACAAAUCCUAGUUAGUUUAAUUUGAACAGCAGUAAUGCAAGGAAUGACAACAGAAAAGUCAUUUCUAGAAAGUGAGGUCAUGCUUUAUAAGAAUCAGAUUUUUUUUUUACUGUUGGUACUGAAUAUGAGACAAAAUCUCAAUCCAAAAGAUGGGCAAGGGAAGUUUUAUCCAGUCUAGAAGAGUGGUAAGUGAGAGGCCUGCACAAGAUGCCUUUGAACUGUGUGCUGUGAGGAGUAGUUUGGGUUUGGAUACGUUAAUGAGUUAUGGUGUAGUAACAAGGUUUUGCACAGUGGCUUUGUCCUGCAAUAAAUGUUACGCGAUCCAAGAUAUUACACCCUUUCAGAAAGGAGGGUGACUGAGAUGUCAUUUGGGGGUGCAGUGUAAAGGAAUACAUCUAUUUACUGGUUGAAAAAUUGCAUUUUGUCCAGUAUUAAAGCAGCUUCUGCACUUGGAGUGUGGACUCUACAGCAACCUGAGCUGUGAUGGAGCCAGUGCUGGAAUCUGCACUUCCA